UUCAAAAGAAGAAGACGAAGAAGCAAAUCACCAUUGAAACGCCAGAAUGGGAAGACUUGGAGUGAAAACUGACUAUGAAGAACUCCGAAACGCUCAAAUCUUGGAAAACAAGGCGAGAUUGGCCAGUCUUGGACUUCAAAAAACUGUGGCAGAACUUCGAUCUAUCAGAUCUAAACCACAAUCUGAGAAGAGAAAAUACAACAAAGUUGACUACUUCUCAACCCCUUUGCGCCGAUCUAGUCGAUUGAAAAGCAACUCUUCCGAAUUGAAUUCAUGCGGCACUGCGCCACUAGCGAAAAGGAAAUUGGGGCUUUUUGAUGAAGGAGAUGAUGAAGAUGAUAUUGAGAAGAGACCAGCUAAUGCACCUCUGUUGAGAGUGAAAUAUGGCUCAAUGCUUCGUCUUACUCCGGAAGCUUUGGCUCGGCGUUGCACAAGCAAGGACAGGGGAACGUUAUAUGACCCUUAUUUGGGUAUUUGCUGUCAUUUUUGCAGGCAAAAGAAAUUAUGUGGUGAAGAAGAUUGUAAGCGAUGUGGUGAUACAGACAUGGAUCAACCUUGCUUAGGCAAGACAGAUUGUUCAAUUUGUCAUUCUAGCCAAGGUGUUCUUUGCCGAGGUUGUCUUAAGGUUCGAUAUGGUGAAGAAAUGGAGGAUGUGAGAGCAAAUAAAGAAUGGAUAUAUCCUCAUUGUACUGAAGAAAAAGGCAUCAAUCCAUAUUGGAUAUGUAAUAGCUCAUUGUGCCUAAAGAAGCGAAAGAUGGCUCCAACUGGGAUCGCCAUAUUCAAAGCUAGAGAGAUGGGAUACAAAUCAGUGGCACAUCUGUUAAUGGAUCAGCUUCAGGGAGCAGUGAAGGGUUAAUGAUAAACUAAUUUUAGUGCAUUGAUAACUUCUUGUUGGUGCAGUAGAAUUAGCUUCAGAAUGUAAAAAUGAAUGUUAUGAAGACCAAUCACUGGUUGUGUAAUGCAAGGAUCCUCAUUAUGAAAGUUAUAACACCCUUUCAUUU